CCGUCUUCGCAGAAAGUUAUACACCUGCGCCGCGCUCUCGCUCGCUCACUUUGGCCGCGUGCUCUCCGUCUCCGUCUCCGUCUCUCUCUCGCACGUUGCAAGAUCCCCGGUGGCGCAGCAGAGAGCUAUUUAAAACGCUUUUCGUGCCACAACAUUGCUCAGUGCUUUAAAAGACACCGUUACACACAGUUCUACAAUUGUUUAAUGUUUACCGUUAGCCGCAAAGUGCCACACAUUAGCUCCAAAAAUACCUGAAUAUUAAAUACAAAAUUAUGCUCGCCUUUGUUUACUUCAAAAUAAAAACCAUUUUCGCCUUUCCCACCACGAAAAGAACGCAUUUGUGAUAAAGAGCUAAAAAAAAAAUUAUUCCGAAGGGAGAAAAAACACCCUGCAAAAAUUUAUCGAAAAUACAUAAAAAAAAGUUUGCUAAAAUAAAAACCACAACCGAAACCUGCCUCACAGUACACACUAACACACACACACGAGAGUUUAUCCAACGAUAACGUCAUCCGCUUCGUCAACAGUAUUAAAGUUAAUUUGAAAAGUGCUCGAAUCUUUUGUUUUCAAUCAUUAUAAUUGUAAUAAAACAACCAAAACAACUACAACAAAAUAGCAAAAUUAUAAAUAUAAUAUAAUAGCAACAACAACUGUAGCCAAGGUUGCCGCGAACAUUUGUUUUUGUUGCUUUCGCCGUGUGGAGGAGCUGUCAACUCAACAUUUCUGCCGACGCCGCUGUUGCCGUUACAUUUCAGUUGCUGCCAUCGCCAUCGCCAUCGCAUAAAAACAAAACAGAGAGCGCCGAAUCGCGGCAGAAACAGCAGCAAUUUACAUAGCUUAAUACACGUUACACAACGCAGCAGCGCGUGCCUCGCCCGCCAGUGCAAAGUUUCGAAAACCCAGACCCAGAUUUAAAUCCUAGAGUCCAUUACGAUAACACCACGAAACUCCUUUCGGCCAUAAUGAAGCGCCUGAUGACCUGGGAGCGCGAUCUCGUGGACGCCAUGUACGAGUACCGGCAGACACGCUUCAGUUCGCGGCGUGUGCGAAAACGUGUGGUCUUCAAGCACGGCGAGUGCAACGUUGUGCAGGGCAAUGUGGCCAAAAGGCGGCGGCGCUAUCUGCAGAGUAUCUGUUUUCUCUUCCAGGACAUUUUCACCACCCUGGUGGACGCUCAGUGGCGCUGGACGCUACUUGUCUUCGCCGCCAGCUUCGUCUUCUCGUGGGCCUUCUUCGGGUUCAUCUGGUGGAUCAUCGCCUAUGCGCACAAUGACCUGGAGUACACCAAUCUCAGUCGCCAGUCGCCCGAUCUGGUGGCCAACAUGACGCACACGGUCUGCGUAACGCAGGUGUCCAACAUGAUGUCCGCCUUCCUGUACUCCGUGGAGACCCAGACGACCAUUGGCUAUGGUAAUCGCUUUGUGACGGAAGAAUGUCCAGAGGCGAUAUUCACCAUGUGCAUCCAGUGCAUCACGGGCGUCUUCAUUCAGGCCUUCAUGGUGGGCAUUGUGUUUGCCAAGCUGUCGCGCCCCAAGAAGCGUGCCCAGACGCUGCUCUUCUCCCGGAAUGCGGUGAUCUGCCACCGGGAUGGAGUGCCAUGUCUGAUGUUCCGCGUGGGCGACAUGCGCAAGUCGCACAUCAUCGAGGCCCAUGUGCGGGCCCAGAUCAUCCGCAAGAAGGUGACCAAGGAGGGCGAGGUGCUGCCCUUCUAUCAGCAGGAGCUGCACAUUGGCGCCGAUGGGGGAGAGGAUCGGCUGAUGUUCAUCUGGCCCACGACCAUUGUGCACAAGAUCGAUAGGAACAGUCCACUGUACAUGCUCUCCGCCUCGGAUAUGCUGAAGGAACGCUUCGAAGUGGUGGUUAUGCUGGAGGGUGUCAUCGAAUCCACGGGCAUGACCACGCAGGCCAGGAGCAGCUACCUGCCAUCGGAGGUGCUGUGGGGCCAUCGCUUCGUGAAUGUGGUGUCCUUCCGCAAGGAGACCGGCGAGUACGAGGUGGACUACACGUUGUUCAACAACACCUACGACGUGGACACGCCGCUGUGCAGCGCCAAGCAGCUGGACGAGCUCAAGUCCGAGUACACGAAGAGCGCCAAGAGCUGUCCCGGCCUGGGCGGUGUGAAUGCAUCCUUUGCGGAUCGCACGCUCUCGACCAGCUUUAUCCAGCGGAUCGCCUCUGCCGCCUCGGUGGAUCACCUGGAUCCGGCGAGCGAUGAAUCGCUGGAUUCGGGCCGCCUGCAAAUACGCUCCCAUUCCAUACCCAACGGCGUGCUGGCCAGCGAGCUAGAGCCGCUGAACAACAACAAGCACGGCGCUUCGUUCACCAUGGGCGGUCUGACCAUCACGACGACGGCGCCCAGCAUCCCCAACCUAUCCAGUAUUAACGAGAAGACCAACUCCGGCAAUUCCAUUAACAGCAGCAACUACAGCAAUAACAACAGCUUGAGCACGCUGACCGGAGGAGGAAGUUCGGCCAGCGGACUUGGAGGAGGCAUCACCAUUGUGGCCGGUUCUGCUCACCAUGGCGGUGGCGGAGGAGGCGGUGGUGGUAGGCACAAGUCGAACCCCCGUCGCCUGAGCAUCAAGCAGGAUCAGCUGCCCAUAGAUUCCAUUUGUUGAUAUUAAUAAUUGAGUGGCAUCCCAGCCCCAACCGUCGGUUAACCUGAUGUUGUAUUCUAGUUAAGCAUAGGCUCCCACUAUAAUUCUAACUCAAACUAGGCUAAGCGAGAUUCCAUUGAGAGCUCAUCUGUCAUAGCCAUAGAGCUGCUGCAGCUGUGAACCCCCUCAAAAAAAACCCCACCCCCUUUCCUGCUGAAGUGGAGGCAAUCUGAUUGUUGCCCACCCAUCCACUAACCCUGAAACGAUUGUAUAUGUAUGAUGUGCUAGGCUGAUGAAUGAUUCACGUUGUUAGCUUUACUUGUAUUGAAUUUACUAUAGUUAAGUUACAAAUUGAUAUUAACGCAAAGUAAGAUGUGAGACCCAGAAACCAAAAUGCUGCAACUUAGACCCCUAGAGAAAUGUUUAAACAGCUCACUAAAUAUGAAUUUGAAAUUUAUGCGAAGUCGCAACGGAAUUGUGAAUUCCCUCUUACCCAAUAAUUGCUAAAUAUUAUUACUCACUUCCAUUGAGAUAGAAAAUGUAUAUUUAACUUAAUAAAACUGUUUCAAAAACAAGAGCUUCAAUUAUCAUAAUGAGUGGACAAUAAAAUUGUAUGAGUAUGUGAAUGAUUGAUCAAUAAAUUAUAUUUUUAAGCGUC